UUAGAACCCAUCUUCAUAACAUUUUCUAGAGAGAACGCGAGAGUUUCUUCUUCUUCUUCUUCGCUGCUGUAGAAAGUUUAUUUGCUCUUCAACAAUAAAAAAAUAAAAAAAAGCUUUCCUACAGCAGCGCUCAAGUUUUUAUCAAUCCAGAGUUUGAAUUUGAAUUGAACAGAUCAAUAUUAAGAUAAGAGAAAUGGCUCGCUCUCUCUCCAACGCUAAGCUUUUCUCUACUUUUGUCGUCGAUGGAAUCUCUAACGUUAUCUCCAGACGAGGAUAUGCGGCGGCAUCACAAGGAAUUGUGUCGAGUGGAAUAAGAGGAGGAGCGGGCAGGAGCGCUGCUACGGUGGCCAAGAAAACAGGGGAAGAUAUGUCUGGCGGAGCUAAAGAGAAGGUUUCGUGGGUUCCCGACCCGGUUACCGGAUGCUACAGACCCGAGAACUGUCCCAAUGAGAUCGACGUGGCCGAGCUCAGAUCCAUGCUCUUGAAGAAGCACUAAAUAAACAAGGGUGACCUGGUUGCUUGCUCCUCUGUCCUUUUGUCGACGAAAUAGAUUUUAAGAUUUGAUGAUGUAAUAUUUAUAAUAAAUAAUAAUACUUCACAUUUUAAUCAA